AUGCUGAGCUCAGGCCUGCGAAUUCCCCUCCUCCUCCUCCUCCUCCUCCUCGUGCUUACAGCGAUGGAGCUGAGCUGGUCCCUUACAGAGGAGGACAAACAGCUGAUUGUGGACCUACACAAUCAGUAUCGUUCUAAGGUUUCUCCUCCAGCUGCAGACAUGCUGAAAAUGAGCUGGGAUCCAGAGCUGGAAACUUUUGCCAAAGACUACGCAACAAAAUGUAUCUGGGAACACAACGCGGACCGUGGAUGGCGGGGCGAGAACCUCUUUGCCAUGUCUGGUGACUUGACUGUGAAGACAGCAGUGGAAGAGUGGUACAAUGAGUACCCGCAUUAUAAUAUGACUACAUCAAUAUGUGCAGAGGGGCAGAUGUGUGGCCAUUAUACCCAGGUGGUCUGGGCAAGCAGCGAGCGUAUUGGCUGUGGGACAGAGUUCUGUAAAACCCUGGAAGUGCUGAAUGAAACCGACAUGCACUUGGUGGUCUGCAACUAUCAGCCCCCGGGGAAUGUAAAGGGUCGAAAGCCUUACAAGGAGGGAUCACCAUGUUCCAUGUGUCCGGAUGGUUAUUCCUGUCAGGACACUCUCUGUGUAUCUAGUGUUGGAAACAUGUCAUCCCCUGGGCCUACAGGAGUAGAAUCAAUUGUCAUUACGACUGAAAGCCCCAAAUCCAUCUCCAUCACAACAGGUCCGGCAUCUACCUCAUCAGAAAGUCCUAAACCUAUCACAGAUGCAGAAGCUGAAUUCCCCACAGCCACAGAACCAACCUCAUCCCUGGAGCCAACUUCAGACAUGGACCUUGAAACAUCUCCAGAGUCACAGACCAAAGGGACUGAUGCCACUUUGACAACAGGGUUUGCUCCUCACAUGAACUUGGACCUAACCCCUAGUCCUGCCUCCCCAGAAACAGGAACUACACAAGUCUUCUAUUCAGAACUUUCUGCAUCUGAUGGCUUAAUCACAUCUGAAGCCAGCAUGAAAAAAGUUGAGCAGCCUCCAACUACCGUUGAACCACUGCAGUCCACUCCUAAGGCAUCACUCACCCCUAAACUGCCCUCUACUCCUAAGAUACCUUCUCCCUCAAAGCCUCCAACUACCGUUGAAACACUGCAGUCUACUCCUAAGGUAUCACUCACCCCUAAACUGCCCUCUACUCCUAAGAUACCUUCUCCCUCAAAGCCUCCAACUACCGUUGAAACACUGCAGUCCACUCCUAAGGCAUCACCCACCCCUAAACUGCCUUCUACUCCUAAGAUACCUUCUCCCCCAAAGCCUCCAACUACCGUUGAAACACUGCAGUCCACUCCUAAGGCAUCACCCACCCCUAAACUGCCUUCUACUCCUAAGAUACCUUCUCCCCCAAAGCCACCCUUCCAUCCUAAACCACCCUACCAUCCUAAGCCACCCUUCCAUCCUAAGCCAUCAUACCCUAAACCAGCCUCCAUUUCUAAAUCACCCGCACGCCAUCGUUUGGCUGCUUAUUCCAAAGCAAUAAAGGGGCUCAAUCAGGCUGUUCAAUCUUCUUCAGGAAAAGCAGCUCACCUCUCUGUCUGUCUGCCCUGCCUUGGAUGUAAACAAAUUAGCGAACCUGAAGAAAUAAAGACUGCACUUAAAGAACUGACCUUCAGAUACCCUUAUGCUCCUUGCUUUUCCCCACUUCCCCGAUGGAGGAGGCAUAGCAAAUGCAGCUGGUGUGGACGUACCUGGGGCCAUGCACUUACAAGGGCCAGUCCCUAUUGGCUCAAAAGUUCAUAGCACGAUGUAUUUAUAUGUAGAGCUCUCCAUCUCUGCAUGUGUAUGUGUGUCCGUGUGCAUGUAUUGUAUUUUCCUUUUUGCACUUUUGUGCACGUCAGUCUGAUGGCAAAGCAUUGUGGGAUGCCCAGAAGCAGAACAUUCUGUAAAUUAUGGUUCAAUGCUCUCCAAAACAUCUGGGCUUUACUAGUUCCCUCUGCCAGUCAAAAUAUAAUACAAGAAUCUAGAUAUUUCAGUCUUACGGGAUUCCAUAUGACCAAGAGCUCAACUAUAACAAGUUGAA